CCCAGCGCCGGUAAACGGAGUGUUUGUUACCACAAUGGAGGCUGCACAGAAAGAGCAACUGAUCUUCAUGACACAGAAGUCUUUAAGGCUGAACCGAAAGAAACGUUUUUCAGAAUCACGGUGCCUGCAGCUCCUUGCUGAAGUCCUAACUGUAGAUCUGGGGUUAAAGCCUGCUUUCUUGUUUGAUUAUUGUUCAUCAAACGCAGAACAGAUCCAGAAAUUUGUUCAGGAGCUAUGGAAAAUGGGAUUUCUCUCUGAAAAUUUGCACAUCCUCAGCAUACAAGACAAUAUCUUAAUAAUAAAUUUAAACAGAACCAUCAGACACUUGGAAAGAGCACUGCAAGAAAAUGGUGUUCAAGUCAUUGAUGUUUCUGUGUAUAGAGAUGACCCACAACUAGCUGAGCUGUGGGUGACAAAUCAAGUCAAGGCCCAUUUGGACAUUAUUUGGAAGCACUUAAAAUCCCAGGUAAUUCAGACCGGGAAGAGCAAAUCAGGUUUUGUUACUGCCAGUGAGAUUUUUUCUUCAGAGUGGAACCUCUGUACAGUGUUUGGGUUUCUCCUUGGGUUCCCUGUUUCAUACUGGUUUGAUUUUAGCAAGAGCUUUGAGAAUUGUUUAAGCAUGACUGAGCUUCGGGCUUUCUCUUUCUCAGCUUUUUGUCCCAGAAUUACUAAAAACCUCAAGUAUCAAAUGUACUCAUUCAGUGUCCCAGAAAUCCUUUUCUUGGACUUGCAGAGCACCAUAGAGACUUGGCAGAGGGAUCUGCAGUCGGACUUUAACCUGCAGUCAACAUUCUCUGAUCUCUGCAUUUCCACAGAGGCAGUCUGUCUGCCUGGGAUUACGUUAUAAAUAGUCUGCACAUCAACACUUGCCUUUAACACAAUAAAAACUGCAUCGCAGAGCACAAAGAAAAUGACACGUAAUGAGAUAUUAAGGUUAAUGGUCAUAGAAGGAAAGAGAGAUGGACAGGCUUGGGAAGUGAAUUCCUGAGUUUAGGAUCUUGGCAACUAGAGAGAAGGCUGCCAAUGACAGAGCAAUUUAGGCAUAUUCAAGAGGUUGAAAUUGGAAGAAUGUCAAGGCGUUUAUUGCCCAUCGUGAGUUCCCUGAUCGGAGAGGCAGUGGGUCUCGUUGGACCCCAGUAUUUCCUUUCUUUCCAUUUCCAGCGGUCUCCUGGAAGAACACCAGCUGAAUCCAUUCACUAUUUCCAGCGGAUUCAUGGAAAGAUGCAAAGCCUCUUCAGCUCUUCUCUGCAGUCAUGUAGGCUGGUGUUUUCACUGCAGUGUGAUAUUUACAAUGUAAUCUCUAAGUUAAACAUUAUUUACAAUAAAAGGAACCUAUUCCAGGUUAUCACAGCACCCAUUGUGCUGGCAAACAAUAAUUUUGUGGUUGUUUAGGUGGUAACUGCCUAUUAAGAAAGUAAAGGUAGCAGAGUAGAUACUGCCAAAGUUGCAAAGAUUUAAUGUAAAGCAAGUUAAAACAGUGGUGAUGACAAUAACUCCUGUGUGCCGCUUUUCUUACAUACUGACGUAACACAGUGGCACACCUAGGAGAGCUGCUGCCUCACAGCUCCAGUUACCCAGGUUCUCUGUGUGGAGUUUGCAUGCCCUGUCUGAGACUUCAUGGGUGUUCUGGUUUCUCACAUGUCUCAAAGAUGUGCAAGUUGAUUGGUUAAUUUGUCAGGUAAAUUAUCCCUGGUGUGUGGGUGAAUGGUAAAGUUUGCAGGGAGUUGGGAAUGUGGGGAGAAUAGAAUGGGAUUAGUGUAGGUGUGUGUUGGUCAGUGUGGACCUCAUUGCUGUAUGAUUAUGACUUUGAUUUGAGUAGGACACCACAGUCAGCUGUGACUUCCACAUAAU